AUGGUUGCGAACUCUAAAGCAUCUGCUGUCAUGAGCCACAAACUCGAUGCUGAGCACACGGAAAAUGCUCUCGUGAUCGAGCAGGUGGCCGAAGGCGAGACAACCCUAUGGACUUCCAUAAAGGAGAACCCUCGUGCCAUUAUGCUUGCAUUUUUGGCCAAUUGCGGUUCGGUUCUCUUUGGCUACGACAUUCUUAUACAAGGCGCCAUCACGGCGCUUCCCAUGUUUUCCAUUGCCUUUGGGUCCCCUUUCGGAGACGAUAUAAUCCUACCAGCGCUCUGGCAGGGUGUCUGGCAGGGCUUUAAUGCCAUUGGAAUCAUGAUUGGCGCUGCAAGCAACGGCGUUGUCAUGGGCACUGCACUGUUUGACGUAUCAUCCAAUGUUGGAGGCUUGGACUCUAGACGUGGCGUGCUGCUGGCUGGAAAGCUAGUCAUAGGCCUCGGCAUGGGCAUCUUCAUGUCCACCUGCCAGACGUACGUCUCCGAGAUCUCGCCUCCAAGACUCCGGACAGUCCUUCUUGGUUUUACGCUUUCUUCAUUGUGA